AUGUCUUCCACUACUACACCACCCACCUCUCCCCCUCUCUCUCCACGCACUAUUGUUGCCCCAAUGACCCCAACCAGGGUGCCAAGCAACUCAAUCCCAACCAUGCGCAUACCCAGCCACGUGCAUGAUGCCAAGUCAGAUCUUGACCCCACAGAGUGGAAGCCUGUAUUAGGCCGCAACGCCUCAUCCCUGGCAUCCUCCGACGCAUGGAACUAUCUAUCUCAGUUCCACCGCGGCAGCGGUGAGCCCAUGCUCUCCCGCCCUGCCGUCCAACGCAGCAGCUCCAGCCUUCCCGCAUUGGCUGGAGGUGCCGCCAACGGCUACAGCCACAGCCACGUGCCCAGCCUGACGAACACCCCGUCCACCGUGGCCUCGUCCUUCAGCAGCACCGCCUCUGACUACCUUGGCAUGUACGAGUCCCGGCCGCUGCCCCCGCGCCACAACCCGUACUUUUCCGGUACGAGCGUUAGCAAGGGGGUCGAGCUGGUCGUCCCGCAAAUUGCUUCUGCGCGUGAGGAUCUCGGCCCCAUCGGUGUCUCGGACAGUGGCUCUAUCCUCCCGGCCAGCAGUGCUGUGUGGGCGGAUAACUCAUAUGAAAAAACCUCUGCUCCUAUCUGUAUGGCGCGUGGUAUUGGCGGCCGGCCCGCUGAGACUUGGGUGAAAAAUUGA